UUAUCCUACGAUUGCAACUCAAUAUCAUGUAUAAAGCGUAAAAAGUGCAUUAAAAUGCUCUCGAAACACAAACAGGAUACGGAUCAGCUGGGCAACAUUGGGAUUUACAGCAGUGAAUAAUUAUGUAUAAUGCAAAACUUACUACAAUAUAGCAGUUCCGGAAGUGACGAUGAUGAAAAUGUAUCAUCCUGUGCAAAACUACCAUCAUCGGAGAAUUUGUUGCGGUCAAAAUUGGAUACGAUGCCGGCUGCAGAGCAAGACUCAAACGAACACCAAGGACGAAUCCGGUCAUUCCCUCACGAAAGAGGCAUUUGGGCUAGCUAUGUGUUUAUUGAUUAUAGCAGCGUCGAUCCAAUCCGCGAGUUCCAGCAGUUGAUCAUCGAUAAAUGCUUGCAAAAAAUUCAGUUGGAACUUCUGCCAGUGGAUAAACUGCAUUUGAGUCUCACCAAGACGUUUAUUCUGAGGCACCAUAAUAUAUCCGCUUUUAUAGAAAAUGUACGAUCUGUGUUGAAAGGAUGUAAACGGUUCACCAUUCUACUAUCCGAAUUAGCUAUCUAUGUCAAUGAGGAACACACUCGAACCUUUUUGGCGCUUAAGAUUCAUGACAACAGCACGGGAUAUUUGAAUCAAUUGGUGGAAAAAUUAGAUGGUUGCAUGAGACUGUACAAAUUACCAGAGUUUUAUAAGGAUCGUUCAUUUCAUGUGAGCAUCCUGUGGACUUUGGGUGACCAGCGGCAGCUUCUAGAAGAAGUUUUGGACGAAUUUCAGCAAACGUUUGCCUUGUUCUACGAAGAUGAAUACUGUGAUAUGAAUGCAAAUGUUAGGCAAAUUCAUUUCAAAUGCGGUAAUAAAUAUAAUAGUUUUGAAUUAUUGUACAUUUGA